CCCAAAGUUUUUAUCAUCAUCAUCAUUUUUCGUCAGAUUUUCGCAAAUUACAAAUAACUAUAAAUCAGGUUCACACAAUGCAGAGCAUUUACGAGCCUUUGAGUGAUUCCUGUGCCAAGGCAUUAGGCGACAAAACUUACGAAAAACGUAAAAUAGCAAGUAGUGAAAUAGAAAAAAUGGUAAUCGAUUUCAAUGCCAGCAAAAAUUUCAAUCAAAUCAAAACCCUUUUAAAUGUCGUAAAAACUGAAUUUUGCUCGAACCGAGAUCCGAACAAGAAAAAGGGCGGAUUAAUCGCAAUGGCUUCAAUUGCCAUCGGAUUAGGAAAAGAUUGCGAAAAAUAUCUGAAUGAAAUUGUAUUUCCCGUGUUAAAUUGCUGCAUGGAUGGCGAUGCCAAAGUUCGAUAUUCAGCAACAGAAUCUUUGUACAAUGUCGUUAAAAUCGCAAGAACGAGCGUUUUAAAAGUUUUUCCUGAGAUUUUUUCGUCGUUAGCGAAAUUAUCAUCAGACCCGGAUAUUUCGGUGAAAAAUGGAAGUGAAUUAUUGGAUCGUUUACUGAAAGAUGUCGUCACGGAAUCCUAUCAAAAGUUCGAUUUGAACACUUUUUUACCUCUGAUUCGUGAAAGAAUUUAUACGAAAAAUAAUUUUGCGCGACAAUUUAUUAUUUCGUGGAUUUCCGUGUUGAAUGCUGUGCCCGAAAUUAAUAUGGUAGUGCAUUUACCUGAAAUUUUGGAUGGUUUAUUUCAAAUGUUGGAUGACACAGCGACAGAAAUUCAACGAAUGAAUGAAACGCUUCUCAUGCAAUUUUUGAGAAACGUUCGAAAUGAUCCCAAUUCCGCUGAUAUUCCGAGUAUGACGAACAUUUUGAUCGCUCAUGCCCAAUCGCAACACGAAUUAAUUCAGUUUACGGCAAUUACGUGGCUUCGAGAGUUCGUGACGUUAUCUGGACCAAAGAUGCUUAAAUUCUCAAGUGGGAUUUUUCAAGCGAUUCUUCCGUGUUUAGCUUAUGAUGACGACGCCAGGAAACAUAUUCGCGAAUCAGCGAUCGCCGUGAACACCGCUUUGCUUGAAUUAGUAACGAAAAAGGAGGAAAAAGAGGAAAACUUGAAAAAUUUGAAUUUGAACGAAGUGAUGCAAGUUUUGGGGCAAUAUUUAGUCAAUAGUAGCGUUAAUACAAAAGUUGCAGUUCUUCGAUGGAUUCAUCAUCUUUUCACGGAAAUUCACGAUGAAAUGUCAGAACAUGCGAAUAAUCUGAGUCCUGCUUUGUUAGAUGUCUUAUCUUCGGAUUCAUCAGACGACGUAGUUCUCGAGAGCUUAAUUGUCCUCGCGGAAAUCGUAAAUAGCACGAAAUCCAAAGGAGAUGAUGUUCAUCGUGCCCAAUAUCGAAAUUUCCUCGUAAAUCUUUUAACUUGCUUCAAAAAGGAGAAAAAUCUUCUUGAAAAACGCGGAAAUCUCAUAAUUCGUCAACUUUGUGUCCUUUUGAAUGCGAAAAAAAUCUACCAAACUUUCUCGGAAAUUCUUCAAGAAGAAGUCACGAAUUUGCAUUUUAGUUCGACGAUGGUUCGAACGUUAAAUUCCAUCCUCUUGACCUCGCCUGAACUCUACGAGCUACGAACUUCCCUGAAAGACACCAAAAAUGACGAAGCCAGUUCGAAACUCUUCGUUUGCCUUUAUCGUUCGUGGGCGAAUUGUCCCGUUAGUACGUUGGCGCUUUGCAUUUUGGGACAUGCUUAUUUGCACGUUUCGCAACUCGUUGGGAUUUUCAGUGAAAUUGAGAUAACGGUUGAUUUGUUGGAAGAAGUUGAUAAAUUGGUGCAAUUGUUAGAAUCGCCGAUUUUUGCAACGUUGAGACUAACGUUGGUUUCGCACGAGAAUCAAGCCGAUGCGCAAUAUUUGGCUCAAGCGUUGUACGGGAUAUUGAUGCUGUUGCCGCAAACGGAGGCGUUUCAUUUGCUGAAGAAUCGGUUGCAGUGUGUGCCGAAUUAUUGGGGACAAGCAAGCGCUUCAAAAAAUCAAGCAUCCGAAGCGAGUCACAAAUACAUCAACUUUGACGACUUAUUGGAACACUUCAAAAAAGUUCAAGCCUUGCAUCGAACUCACAAACAGGAACAAAGAAAACUAAACAUUCAAUUAUGGGAACGCAGCAAGUAG